CAUUAAAAACAGAGCAGGACAAAGAACACAUGAGAGAAGUAUAUCAGUUCAAUGUGUUCCUGAAACUUACAUCUUCCACCGACUAUGAGACAAAGAAACAGCUCAGGAGGUUUACCUUCAAUCCCAAGGAGGGAAUAGACAAUCCAGCCAUGGUGAUUUCAGAUGAUACAGAGGCUGUAUCAAAGCCCUCGCCACGUGUGUGUGUGCUGAAGAAGGAAGAAGGAGAAACUUUUGGCUUCCGUCUGCGUAUGGAAAAAGGGAAGCAGGGUCACAUAAUUAGACAACUGGAUUCACUGGGAGUGGCAGAGAGGAGUGGGCUCAAGGAUGGGGACCGCCUGCUUGAAGUCAAUGAGAUGUUUGUUGACAAUGUGGAACACAUGGAGGUGGCACACAUGAUUCAGGUGAGUGGAUCACACUUAUGCUUCCUGGUGUUAGAUGAAAAGGCCUACGAGCAGGCUGUGUCUGAGGGUCUUGACCUUAGAGAGCUGGCUAAAGCUAGCCGUGGGGAAGGAUGGAGGCCUCCUCGUCUCUGCCACAUCACGAGAGACACACCUGGCCUGGGCCUAAACAUACAGCCAGUGGAAGGCGAGAAAGGGAAAUUUACAGUAAGCUCAGUGAAAGGAGGUGCUGCAGAGAGAGCAGGAGUGAAGAAAGGGGACCGUCUGAUUUGGAUAGAUGGUGCCACGGUCUCUGAACUAACACACUCUGCCAUCAGCAGAAUGGUGAAGAAGUGCAACAAUCACAUGACAAUGCUGGUGAUUGACAGUGACAGUGAGAAGAGUUAUGCCCGCAGGAAAAUGCCUAUUCUCCCAGCCAUGGCUGAUGCAGAGAACAUGCCAUAUCGGCCUCGCAGACUGCAUCUGGUGCUGGGGCCAGAAGGGUAUGGCUUCCUGCUCAGGCAGGAAAAGACUGGAACGGGACGCAGUGUCCACAUGGUGACAGAGGUGGAUAAGGGCAGCCCUGCUGAACUGGGAAGUGUUAAAGAAGGAGAGAUGCUUCUUGAAGUGAAUGGAGAGUCCACAGAGUCUCUGAGUCAUAAUCAAGUUGUCAGCAAAAUCAGACAGAGUGGACAGCAGGUCACCCUCACGACUAUGCCACCUCAGGGCCAGGACUUCUACACUCAGUUGGGCCUCUCUCCAUUGGUGUUCUUUGUGGAUGUUACAUCUGGUAACCCUGAGGAGAAAAAGGAAAUCCCAGUGACUGUGAAGCCUGCAUUGCCCCCUGUUGAGCCUCAGGAGGAUGUGCAGAUCAACCCUAAUGUUAGACGCUGUAUUCUGGAGAGAGGCUCUGCUGGUUUUGGGUUCCAUUUGGGCUGCGUCCAACAGAAACCUGGCACCUUCAUCAGCCAGGUAGCAACAGGAGGCCCAGGAGAGAUGUCAGGGCUCCUUCAGGGUGAUGUGGUGGUGGAAGUGAAUGGACAGAAUGUGGAGAAAGAGUCUGUGGAAGAUGUGAUCGUACAUGUGAAGAGAGGAGGAGAUGCUCUUUCUUUACUAGUAGUAGAUCAGAAAGGUUAUGACUUGCUAAAGAAAAAUGGGAAGCCAAUCACUGUGAACAAACUAGUACCUAUCUCUGAGGUGGAGGAAAAUGUUUCAAGUGCUGCUGAACCACCAGCAGUGAAGACUGUUGACUUGUCUGAUGACAGCACUUAGUCCACGUCUAGUAAUAGUGUGGUUGGCCAUUAAACAUUCCUGAUCAUGUCAAUGAGAUCAGUGCUCGGAGAAUGAUGCUUAAACAGAGUUUCAAUGGGUAGCUAAUAUCUCUGACCUGUACAAUAAUUUUUUUUUUUUUUUUGUAUGAAAUUGCCUAAAUUUUGGACACAAUCAUUUGCACAUAUUCAUAAUCAUUCAGAAUGCUGUGAAUACAGUAAAUGUUUAAGAUAUGUUUCUGGAUGUCGAAAUACAGUAUGCAUAGCAGGAUGGUAUUAACAAUGUUAAUUUCUGUCUCUCUGAGGAAUAUUUUUACAUUCUUGUGUUCACCAUGCGUCUUGACCUAUAAAUAACAUUUCACCAUUGUGGGAUUUUGAUACUAAAUGCAUAUUUUAAAUGGGGUCAACCUUUGUAAAAAAUCAAAUAAAAUACAUGAAAAACAA